GGGCCGGGCUCGGGGCUGAGCGGGCGGGGGAGGGCGGCGCGGCCUCCUCCCGUCCCCCACGGCGGGCGGGGGGCUCCCCUCCCCCCGCGCUGCGCCCGCGCUCCCGGGUGGGGGAGGCGCGCCGAGACGCUGCGUCAGCCCGAGGAAGCCGCGCGCGGAGCAGCCCGAGGCCAGGUGAGCGGCGGCGGCGGCAGCAGCGGCGGCGUCCGGCUCGGGGGUCCCUCCGGCGUCAACGCCGCCGCCGAGGACCAGCGCCCGGCCCCGCCCGGCAGCGUCGCCGGAGCAACGGCAGGGGCGGCGGCGCAGAGCAGGUGCCUCUCCGGAGCGGCGGGCUGCGCGGGCCGCGAAGGCGGCGCUUGGCGGGCGGCUCCGGUGCAGCGGCGGGCGGACGGGCUGGGCGGGCGGGGUCAGGCGCCGCGUGCUCAGCCCUCCUCUCCCCGCAGCCCCGGCCGGGACCGCGCCCUUCCCGCAGGCCCAUCGCUCCCGGCGCCAUGCAGGGGCGGCCCCCCUGAGCCCGCGGCCGGCAUCCUCCUCGCCCGGGCGGCGGCCAGGAUGGCGGGCGACUGAGCGGAGCCGCGGCCGGCAGGAGAAGCAGGGCGGCAGCGGCGGCGGAGCGAUGCCCCCCGGACCCCGCCCCGCCUGCUCCCCCAGAUAGCUCUCCGCCCAGCAGCAGCGCCCCCUCCGGGCGCCCCCGGCCCGCCUUUCGCCGGCCCGCGGAAGAUGAAUGCCAGCCCCCACGAAGCCCUGAUCUCCGCCUUCCUGCAGUUCAUCGAGGCGCGGGGCCGCUGGUGCUACGGGGCGCUGAGCCAGACCUGCCGCCCCCAGGAGCUGCGGCUGCGGAGCGACAUGAACCUCCUCCACCGGAAGAGCGGCAAGGUGGAGUGGAAGCAGCCGCCGGAGGCCAAGGGCGAGGAGUCCAAGCGGGGAUCGACCAAGGAGACGGGCGUGGGGAAGGUGCGCGACGUGGCCUCCUUCCGCCGGCAUUUCAGGAUGGGGUUCAUGACCAUGCCAGCCUCCCAGGAGCACGCCCCGCACCCUUGUGCCAGCAGCAUGGCGCCCCGCUCUCUCUCGUGCCACUCUGUGGGCAGUGUGGACAGCGGCCCUGCGGACGGGGCGAUGGGUUCUCGCAAGCCGCCCGCGAAGCCGAAGCGGCACCCCAGCACGAAGCUCAGCACAGAGGCCCGGAGUGCCCUGGAGCUGAUGGGAAGCAAGAAAGGAGGGUGCCAGAAGGCGGGGGUGGAAAGCCGAGAGGCCGCCCGCAAGGUGCCCCCGCAGAAGCCCAAACGCAGCCCCAACACGCAUCUCUCCGUGUCGUUCGACGAGACCUACUCGGGGCGCCUGCCAGGCCCAGCUGCGGGGGGCGCUCUGCAGCGCUACGGCCGUGCCGCGUCCCACGGCCAGGCCAAGGGCUCCGAUGCUGAGGAGGACGAGCCGGUCUACAUCGAGAUGGUGGGGGACAUUUUCCGGGGACCCGGCCCCCCCUCCCAAGGAGUCACCGCGGCGGAGGACGACUCGGACGAGAGCGAAGCCAUUUACGAAGAAAUGAAGUACCCGCUGCCUGAGGAAGGGGGGGAGCCCCGCCCCAACGGGGCCCUCGCCUCCCCUGGGCAUCGACCCCCCAAGAAGGAGGCCGCCAAGGCGGCGCCAAGCAGCAAGACCUCCCCGUGUGAGAUCCCAGCCCCCUUCCCCAACCUUUUGCAGCACCGCCCCCCUCUGCUGGCCUUCCCCCAGGGGAAGAAGGGGUACAGGGGUCCCGACGGCUCCAAACUGCCCAUCCUGUGCCACGCCAAGGAUGCCCCCUCGGCCCCCAUGACCCCCCAGGUGCCCAGCCACCACCAUCAGCGGGGCGGCGAGAACCCGGCCCUGGCGCCUUCCGGGCGGGCUCGCAGCCACUCCACGCCGCUGCCCCCCCAGCCGGCCAGCCAGAGCAAGCCGGACAAGGAUCUGCCCGUGUCUCACAGCAUGAUCUGCCCCUCCGCAAAGCCGCCGCCCCCCACCCCGGCCCUGCCGGUGGCCUCUGUCCCCUCCGGGCUGCCCGGGAAAGACAAGCCAGCGGUCUCGUACACCAUGGUUUACUCGGCAGUCAAGGUCACGACUCACACGGCGCCCUCCGAGCAGAAGGCGGAGGAGAUCUCGGUCCUGCACGGGAUGCUGUGCGCCCGCCCGUCCACCGUGCCCGCUUGCAAACAGGUGCAGCGCAUUUGCACGCUGCCCGAGCCGCCCCCUCUGGGCAUGGUCUGGACUUACCCGGCGCCCUGCGUGGGGCUCAAACGCCCCCCGGCCUACGAGAGCAACAAGAGCCUGGGCACCAAGUCGUCCUCGGCUGUCAAAAUUCAGCUGCGGGACCGGGCGUUCGCCAGCAUCCACCAGGUGGUGGCCGGGGAGGAGUGCGGCCGGCCGGCCAGUGAGGAGGAGGCCUUUGGCUGGAUGCUGCAGAGGAGAACCGGCGUCCGGAAGGGGAAGGAGCCUGACAAGGUCCCAGACUGCCCCCAGGCGUGGGAGGGCAGUGAAAGUGCUCAGCCCAAACUGGAGAAGGACGAGAAAGUCCUGCCAAGUCACCCGCAGUCCAGCAUCCCGGUCCGCGCACCCGCCCUCGAGUGUCUGGCCGCCAAGAUGCCCGGCGGCAGGACCAACCUGCCCGUCCCCUGCCAGACCUUUCCUGCCUGUCACCGCAACGGAGAUUUCACUGGUGGGUACCUUCUAGGCCGCUCGGCCUCCACUUCCGGCGUCCGACAAGCUGUGAUCCACAAUCAGAGGCUAUGCAGCCAUCCCAGGGACCCAGACAGCCAGGCCUUGCCGUACGCCCCCCCACUGCCCGCCCCGGAGGCCCUGCAGAGCGCGCAGGAGAGAGACGGGAAGCUGCUGGAGGUGAUCGAGCGCAAACGGUGCGUCUGCAAGGAGAUCAAGGCGCGGCACCGCCCAGAGCGCAGCCUCUGCAAGCAGGAGAGCAUGCCCAUCCUGCCCAGCUGGCGGAGGAGCACGGAGAGCCGCAAGUCGGGCACCCCGCCCUGCCGCCGCCAGCAGACGGUGCUCUGGGACACGGCCAUCUGAGCGGGCAGGGGCUGAGCCCCGAGAACUGGUGCCUUGUGCCGGCCAAGCCGAACUGGUGGCAGAGCCAACCGCUGGCAGCCUGGUCUCCUGCUGGGGAUGAUCCGGAGAUCCCGGGGUGGGGGGCGCUGGAAGGACGCUUUCUUUCAGGGCAGGGGGAGAAGCCCCUCGCCUCUACGCCGGGGGCGCCUGGGCAUCGGAGGCCGGCACAGCGGCAGCCCACCGGAAGCCCCGCUCCUCCCCGCAGCAUGGAUGCCGAGCAAACGGUGCCGCAGGACCAGUCUUGGGGGGUCAGGGCAGGGGCUGGGGGGGU